CAACUGUCAAAUUGACACGAUGAAGAAUUCAAUGAUUGUUUCGAUUCUUUCCUUCCUCUUCGGCACCGUCGCACAUGCUGCCUUGCCCCCUUCAGUGGUGGUUGGGGCAGGUACCGUGGUCGGCACCACGACGACUUUACCUUCGUCCACGGCGUUAGUGAACAAGUUUCUGGGCAUUCCAUACGCCCAACCACCAGUUGGAGAUAAACGAUUUCUUCCGCCCCAGUCGUUAAAGUCGUUUGUCGAAACACCCCUAAACGCGACUGUAUGGAGCAGCAAGUGUUUGCAAUACAAGAUCAUUGACGACGGUAUUGCUGAGAGCGAGGACUGCUUGUUCCUUAAUGUGUUUGCGCCGGCCGCAGUGGGUUGUUCAAGAUCCGGACGGCCGGUCCUGGUGUGGAUCCACGGCGGGUGGCUCCGAGAGGGAACGGCCAGCCAGCCCAUGUUUGACGGGUCCAGCUUCGCGUCCCAACAAGGGAUUGUCGUUGUUACCUUCAACUACCGUCUCAAUGUAUUUGGGUUCCCGAACUCCGAGCAGCUGCCUCUCAGAGCCCAAAACCUCGGCUUUCUUGACCAACGCCUUGCCCUCGAAUGGGUGCAAGCUAACAUCCAUGCUUUUGGCGGAGACCCUGCCAAAGUCACUAUUGCCGGCGAAUCUUCUGGUGGCUCGUCCGUCGACCGCCUCGUCACAACCAUUCACACAAACCAGAGCUUCCGGGCGGCCGCUUUAUCGAGUGGACAGGCAACGGUCAGCGCCAUUGGUAGGGAUGCCGGUCCCCUAUCGUGGGCAGCUCUCGUAUCAAUUCUGGGAUGUCGUGGAGAAGACGAGGCUGCAUGCGUCCGAGGGAUUGAUGCUUCAACAGUGCAGAAAGUCGUUUCUGAUCAUGGCCUGGAUUUCAGCCCAGUCAAUGACAACUUUACGCAGAUGGAGCUACCAUAUCUGCCAACUCGUGCCGCCGGUGGUCUGGCGCCAGUACCAAUACUGAUCGGCUCGACCGGACAAGAGGGAACUUACUUAGCACCCGCGUAUAACCUGGACAUCCCCAAUUUUACGGAGCCGGUUCUUGUGCAGUUCCUCAACGGCCUUACUGGGGGUGACUCGGAAAGCGUUGGGGGUAUGUUGCAAGUUAUUCAACUUGUACAACAAGCGAGUGGAAUUUCUCUGUUCCACGCCGCCGCACAGGUCUACACCGAAAUUGUUUACCAAUGCCCAAAUCUUCUGAUUUCCCAGACUUCGGCCCAAAGUGGCAUUCCAACAUGGAGGUACUACUACAACGCCUCUUUCCCAAACCUGGCUGCAGGGGGGUACACUUCUGAACAACUCGGCGCAUCGCAUGGUUCUGAUACGCGAAUGAUUUGGGGCACAUAUCCUCGAGAGGGAGCUACUGACCGACAGAUCAGCCUAAGUCGUUACUUGCAGACCAUCUGGGCUGGUUUUGUAAAGGAUCCUCUCAGAAAUGGACCCGGCUGGGAGAAGGUGGACGUCGAUGGGAACGAUAUUGCUUGCAUUGGGUGUGUAGGCAGCGAAACCAUGACUCUCAUCGACUCGGCUACUGUUGAUGGACGAUGCGCCUUCUACGCUCCUUUCUUUGACAAGGUUAAGACACCUUUUUUGAAGGUUUAGAGUCAGGCGUGGAUUUUCGGGUUCAAAUGUUAUCGUACGCAGCGAUACAUCUUGAGCUUUGAUUCAGGUUGUCAUGGGCUGCGAUGCAGAGUGAAUAGUUCAACAGAAUCCAGGUAUGGUUGGCGUGAUUGUAUUCAUCUCUACUCUCUUGCCCUCUUCCUGGUAGGAAGGAGGGCCCCUGGUGGGCAGGCUGGGACCAACAGAGUCUCCCAAGGAUACAUGGCCAAGGGACAUAUGGCACAGGACCCUUCAGUUGCCGCAUGGUAUUCGCCUUGUCAAAGUCAACGAU